ACUUCUCCUUUCUCCAUUUCUUCUCUCCUCUCUGUAAUCCCUUCUAUUAUUAUUAUAACAAUUAAUAUAUAGAUAUAUAUGUAUAUGUACUGCUAUAGCUACUAUUAUUAACCUUUUUUUUUUCUUCAAAUCAUAAUAACUCAAAUACCAAAAUCCAAUCUUUAACAAGCAAGGUCUCUUCUUUCUUCUUCUUCUUCUUCUUCUUUAAAGUUUGUAUCUUUCUGUAUUUUUUCUUUCAAAUUCAUGAUCUAUACAUCUUUUUAAUCCCAAAGAUUGAAGCUUUCUCCAUUGAUUUUACGCUCUUUUCUUUUUCAUGGAUGAAGAUUCAAGUACUCAAGAUGAGACAAAAGUAGAGGGAGAAUUUUACAAAAGGGUUAUUGUUGAUAAUAUAUACAUACAUAUAUAUACUUAUAAUAAUAAGAAUUACUAGCUUCAGGAUAAGGUCAUCAACAGAUACAACAACAACAACACUGUGUUUAUCUAAACAAGAAGAAGAAGAAGAAGAAGAAGAAGAAGAAGAAGAAGAAGAAAUAGUAGCAUCAUCAUCACCAUCAUAAUCAUUAUCAUAAUAAUAAUCACCACCAAGUGUUUGUGUAUUUGCUUGUGCUUGUAACUGUUGGUAAAACAACAGCAGCAACAGCACAAGUAAAGAGAGAAGCUUUUCAUCAGAUGUUAUCCGUUGAAAAGCAUCCACCUACAGAUCCCUCUUCCUCAUCUGAUCAUAAUCAUAAUCUUAAUCAUAAUCAUCAUGAGAUUGAUGAUACUUUGCCUCAACUAGAUCUGUCUAACCCAACUACUACUCUUCUUCCCAAAUUUUCCAUAAGAGAUUAUGUUUUCACUUCUAGAAACAAGGACAUCAAGACCAACUGGCCUUUCUCUCAGAAAAAUUUGCAGCUUUGUCUGAAACAUGGUGUGAAGGAUGUGUUACCACCAUUUCAAACUAUUGAUUCAGUAAAGAAUCAAACUUUGAAGAGAUCAUGUACGGUUGAAGAAGAAGAAGAAGAAGAAGAAGAAAACAUAGCAAGUAAUACUAAUAUUAUUACUAAUAGUAAUACUAAUACUACUAAUAUUAAUAGUAAUAUCUUUGAUGGGGAGCCUUCUGAAUCACCUGUUGAUGAUGAUAAUGAUGAAAAUAAUCAUGAUGAUCAUGAUCACCCGGAGGUAUUAUUAGACUCUUUUAACAACACUCAAGCUCAACAGCUGAACCAGAAGCAGAAGCAGAAGCAGCUAAUAACUUCAUGUGGUUCUGGAGAGAAUGAUACUACAACAAGCAGUACUGUUUGUCAAUCUGAGUUCAUAGAUCAUAAUCAAGAUCACUCAACUGAGCCUGCUCCUCCUCCUCCUCUUCCUCCUCUUCCUCCUUUUGUUCACAAGAAUCAAACAACAAACCGAAAUUCGGGUAGUAAAAAGUGCAGAUUGAUAGUGAAAUUCGGUUCCAAUUUGGAUAGAAGCUCAGCUGAAGAUAUUGCUUCAAAUUGUUCAAACCCAUCAGAGUCAAUGGCUUCAAAGGUUUGCCCUGUUUGUAAAGUCUUCUCCUCAUCAUCAAAUACUACUUUGAAUGCUCAUAUUGACCAAUGCCUCUCUGUGGAGUCAACUAGUCCCAAGUGGACAGUGGACAGUAGUACUAAACUUUCAAGGCAUAGAAUUAAACCAAGGAAGACAAAGCUGAUGGUUGAUAUCUAUGCAACUGCUAUUCCUUGCACUUUGGAAGAUCUUGAUAGAAGAAAUGGAUCAAAUUGGGCCACAGUUGUUUCAAGCUUUCCUAUUCAGCAGAGUAAUGACAAGUCUGAUCAUCAUGAGAUGAUGAUAAUGCCCUUGGAAGAUGAUUCAAAACGAGUGUCAUCAUCAUCUGGACCUUCUUCUUCUUCUGAUCAUCAUCAUCAUAAUUCUGAUGAUGUUGAUGAUGAUGUUGGUGCUGUCUAUAUUGAUUCCAAUGGUAUCAAACUUAGGAUAUUAUCCAAAUCUGAUGAUAUCCCUUCUGUGUCAAAGCUCAUUGAGCAUCUUCGUCCAAGGAAACCUUUGAAAGGAGCAACUAAUAAUAAUAAUAAUAAUAUUAAAGGAACCAAAUUUCUCUCUACCAGAAAGAAAAAGAGGCGUCAGUAUAAGUAUAACAAGUACCUUAACAAACUUGCUCAAACAAAAAGGAAGUUACUCUCUUCAUCAAAGUCUCCUCGUUCUCCUCUGCUUUUGGAACAGAAAAAUGGUGGUCAAGGAAAACAGUAUGGAGCUGAGAGAAGUAACAUGGAGAAGCAGGUAAAUCCCAGCAAUCCUGGAACUUUAGGAAGGUGGGUGUGUUCGAAAAGAACUGGGGUUGCUAAGAAGGUCAACAGUGAAGCAAGACAUCAACAAGUGCAACGAAAAUGGCCUGGAAAUGAAGAUUCCGGGGUUGAGAGUCUUCAAUCACGUUUGGACCGAAAUGGUGAGGAAGAAGAUGUUAUGGAUUUGUCUCCUGAGAACAGUGACAGCAGGUUGGAGAAAGUAUUUUAUGAAGCCCGGGCUUGUCACAAGAGGGAGCAGCCACCGCCUUCUUCUGGGUUAAAGAGAUCAGCGAAAAGUUCUUUAUCCAGCGCCACGAGUAGAGGCAAUGUUGUUGAGAGAUCCUUUGCGACAAUGAAACCCCGUCAGUUGAGAAAGGACAUAUCUUCUGCGAAUGAUUAUCGCAUGCUGAAACCUCCCAAAUGUACAAGCCCAGUUGAGGAUUUCGAACCUCCACCUGGUCAUGCCUCCAAGUUCAGAUCAAAAGCAAGGAAAAUCUCCUCAGCUAGAGAACAUUUGUUGUCUAGCCAGCGAUCAUCACCUGUGGCUGAAGCCGACGAUUCUGACGUUGCUAAUAACUUCUCAGCCCUUAAGAAGUCUCAAGUGCAUUUGAUGACAGAAACAGAAACAGAUGAUGAAGCAGCACUAUGGAAUUCUGAUGCCAGCAAUGAAUUUCACCGAAAAUUUGCUGGAAAUGAAUCUGAAAGCGAUGAUGAUAUGAAUAAUGAAACCUCUCUUUGUAGAAGCACUGGAUUUGAAGUCAGACAAAACACAGGAGUUUUAGGGAUAGCUGGUAGGAAUGCAGCCAAAGUUUCGGAGAACUUAUUUUCUUCUACUUUGGACAAAGCUGAUGAUGAUAUGGGACCAACAUGUGAGGACGAGGAUGAGGAGGAGGAGGAUCUUCAAUGCUCUCAAGAUGACCCUAUUAGGGACAGUGCUCUUGCUAAUUGGCGUAAAUCUGCUGACCCUGAAGUUGAUCACAAACCGGGAAAUCGUUCUAAGAUCCUAUCAAACUCUCUACAAUACAAGGGGGCUUUAUUUGAUGUGGAAGGACUAACAGGUCCAGGUGGAACAAGUUUUGUAAGCGAGCAAGAGACGUUUUAUUCUGAUCGAUUAGGAGAUGAUGGCAUGCUUGUGCAGGAUGUUAAUAUAGGGGAGGAACAGGAAUCCGAUGAAGAUGGGGAAGCAAGUAGGUUUCCUGAGGUUGAUCCAAUACUAAUUCCAGGACCACCAGGCUCAUUUUUACCAAGUCCAAGGGAUAUGGGGUCAGAAGAUUUUCAAGGGAACUCAUCAUUAACCACGAGCCGAGUUCAAUCUUCUCAAGAUCAGCAUGAUUUUAUUGAUGGGGAUUCAUCAGAUUCUCCUGUUUCAGCAACAUCAACUAUCUCUAAUUUUACAGCUACACGAGAUGAUCAUCAUCGUAAGCAUGCAGAACUAUUACCAUCUGUAGUACAUCAGCAGCAGGCCAUUCAAGACAAAAUUAGAUCAAGCCUCUCGGGUGGUAGUGUGGAUUCUUCAAUAGAAAAUGUUCCCUUAGUUCCUCGGACAACAACGAAUACAGCUGCAGAGAGAGUCACAUAUGACAGAGAGAAAUUUAAAGCGAACAACAAGAUACCUCUCAACGACGAGCCAUGUUGUUGCCAAAGGAAAGAGAGAGCUGCGCAGGGUGUUGUUUUAGAUUAUCAAGAAUCUCAGCUCUUAAGGCGACGAGCAAUGACUUCAGUGAUUAUGGAGAACCAGCAAACAAGUUGCAAUCUUAACAAUAGGCCCAACAACAACAAUAUGGAAUCAAGGUCUGACAUGUACACUCCAAGCAGUACUUGUCCAACUUCGAAAUCUGAACAGGAGGUGGUUCAUCGUCCAGCUGUUAAUUCUUCUGGCAAUCAAAAUGCUAUGAGGGGUUCUGCUGCAGAUGCUGCUGUAGCCAAGUUUACCAGUCGUGGCGAUUGUGAUUCCAUGAGUCCAUCUUCUAACUCCAUACUCAGGUUGAUGGGUAAAAACUUGAUGGUUGUCAAUAGAGAUCAAGAUGAAUCCAUACCACAAGCCCAGGCUCAAUCACAAUCCCAACUCAACCAUAUAACUUCACCAUUUUCUACAUUUACCGGUGUAUCUCCCAGCAGUACUACACAGAACCAUGUCUACCGUCCAUUCCAACAUCCCAACUUCCAACGAGGUUCAAUUUUUCCAGGCCAGCAGUGUGUUGAUCCAAGGAUCUCAAAUGGUAUGAGAACUUAUGAGGGAGCAGCAUGUUCAUUUUCAAACCACCGAAUGGAUAGCGGUUUUGGGAUCAAUAUGGAGCUUCGCGAGUUUGAAGCAGAUUAUAGUAUUGAAACACCACAUAGAAAGUUUAAGACUGUACUUUCUGGUGUCAGUCCUGUUAAAGAAAUCAUCACCAUCGAUGAUGCUCCUGAAACCGAAGCUGAUUUGACCGGUGAUCACACUGCAAAAUACUCAAGAGGGUUUGGGGAGAAUCCUAUAGUUUCAUCAUCAGGCAUUAUGAUUCCCAACUAUAAUGCAAAACGCUCUAAUACUUCUUUCUAUAGUUGUCAGUCUGAUCAUGACCAGUCUAUGCAUCCCGAACCACCAUUAGUUCAUCAUCAUCAUCAUCAUCAUCAUAGCUCUGGCUUCCAUUCACUGUCCUCCAGGCAACCGAAUUCAAGCCCUGCAAGGUGGAGUACUUGUCCCACAGACGACGGUUCUGCUGGCAAUCAUCCUUACAUUACUGCAUCAUCUUCAUCUUCAAGAGGGCAUAUGAGAUCACCUGCUGCAAUGUAUAACAACAAUCGUCAAAGCUUGAGAUAGUGAUGAUGAUGAUAACAGCUGAGAUAUCUGGAAUAGAGUUGGUAUAUAAUAAUCCUUUUUUUUUUUUAAAAGUUUUUACUAAAUGAAUGAAUGAAUGAAUGUUUGGGUGGAAUUUUGAGAGGCUUCUGAGAGGGCAUAGCUUUUUAAGCUUACCCUGAGAGAGACUUAGUCAAUUAAUGUAUAAGCAAGCAAAUCAUGAAUAAUAGUUAACAAGAAGAAAACACUUUAAAUAGACUCAAAAUAUUUUCAUCUCUAUAUAUAUAUAGUUUUUUUGGUUUA